AUCCAGGAGAUGGAGGAGUUCUUGAAAACGCAUUUCUCUUCGGUCCGCCCAGUCGGUUUCGGCGACGUUUUCACAGGUCCCAACAACAACCAGAAACCGUUCAAGGGGUCGGGCGUCGAAUUCUGCAGCCCUGACCUGGUCAAAUCGUUGCUGUCCCGCGUUCAGGCCUCCACAGCAGAUUUCGAAAACGGGGGCAACGUGGUCUUGAUGAAGCCCGCCCGCACGCAGAAGCAGAAGACGCGGAACUGCGCCCUCAGGAAGGCGGAGAGGUUGACCAGGGAAUCGGUUGCCUCCUCCGGCAAGACCGUCGAGACCUUGUGGAAGGUGGACGGUUCGCGCGAGCGGCGCGUGGUGGUGAACAAGGAGGCUGCGUUCAAGCAGUGCUAG